AUGGAGUUUCCUCCCCAUUGGGUUAACUUGAUUAUGAGUUGUGUGACUUAUGUUAAUUUUUCUAUUAUGCUUAAUGGCAACCCCCAACCAAGUUUUGUACCCUUUCGGGAUUUGCGACAGGGAGAUCCGUUAUCUCCUUAUCUUUUUAUUCUUUGUGGUGAGGUGUUCUCAGCCUUAAUUGAGAGGAGUAUUACAUCUAGCAUGUUGCAUGGUAUUAAACUAGCUCAUAGAGCUCUUGUUAUUUCUCAACUUCUUUUUGCAGAUGACAGCAUCAUCUUUGCUCGGGCUACGACUCAGGAGGCGGAGUGUGUUUUGUACAUUCUAGCCACCUAUGAGCGAGCUUUCGGUCAGGUUAUCAACCUUGAAAAAUCAAUGCUUUCUUUAAGCCGCAAUGUACCUCAUAAUGGUUUCAAUGAGCUUGAGCAGUUGUUGCAAAUGAAGGAAGUUGAAAGUUUUAACAUAUAUAUGAGUUUACCGACUAUGAUUGGUAAGUCUAAAACCCGGACUUUUAAUUUUGUUAAGGACUGUGUCUGGAAGAAGCUUAAGGGGUGGAACGAAACUACACUCUUUAGAGCUGGUAGAGAAGUUUUGAUUAAGGAUGUGGUGCAGGACAUACCUUCUUAUGUUAUGUCAUGUUUUAUUUUACCUGAUGGACUUUGUGCGAUAUUUAAGGUGGCUCAUUUGAUAGACCAUGUGUUUAGUGCUUGGAAGAAGGAGUGGGUGGAUUUUAUAUUUUAUCCAGCUACGGUUGGCCACAUCUUGGCAAUUCCCUUGCCUUUGCAAGGUGGUGAUGAUGUUCUUAUGUGGCCUGAUGAUGUGGACGGAAACUAUAAUUUAAAGUUGGGUUACUCUUUUGUUCGCAAAAAUCUCUUCGGCUCGGUUUCUUCUUCCUCGACUCAGCCAUCGCUUCCGGUAGUGCAUUGGAAGAAGCUUUGGCGGAAAUCUUCCCAACCACGCUGCAAGGCGGGGGCUUGGCGUGUGGUGUCUCACUUGCUUCCGGUUCGAGAUUCUCUAUGGCGGAAGGGCCUUGAUGUGGAUCCUCUCUGUCAUUUGUGUGAUAGUGAUGUGGAGACGGUGCACCACUUGUUUCUGACUUGUUUUAUUGCCCAGAGUUUCCGGUUUGGAUCAUCGUUAUCUCUUCGGGUGGAGCAAUUUAGAUUACUAUCGGUGUUUCUUUCAAAGUUCCUUGAGCGGCCCGACGAUGAUGUUGUUGAGGUGUGGUAG